CUCUGGGAGCCGGAAGUCCCGCCUGCCGAGUAUUCGCCGCUGCCUCCGGCGUCGUUGUUGUUGUGGUCGCUUCGCUGAAGUCCGCGGCUCCGAGAGCCGGCUCCGUCCCCUCCGCGCCGCCGCCAUGAAGUGGAUGUUCAAGGAGGACCAUUCGCUGGAACACAGAUGCGUAGAAUCCGCGAAGAUCAGAGCGAAAUACCCCGACCGGGUUCCGGUGAUUGUGGAAAAAGUCUCAGGCUCUCAAAUUGUGGACAUUGAUAAAAGGAAGUACUUGGUUCCAUCUGACAUCACUGUGGCUCAGUUCAUGUGGAUCAUCAGGAAAAGGAUCCAGCUUCCUUCUGAGAAGGCAAUCUUCCUGUUUGUGGAUAAGACAGUCCCACAGUCAAGCCUAACUAUGGGACAGCUUUACGAGAAGGAAAAAGAUGAAGAUGGAUUCUUGUAUGUGGCCUACAGUGGAGAGAACACUUUUGGAUUCUGAGGGCAAUUGCUGAGCUAGGUGCACUGUUCCUGCUUGUGUAUCUUGUAAAUAGCUGGCUAUUUUCAGUUAUUAUACCAAAACUUCUUCACAUAGACCUAUUAGUGCAUUUGUAACUGGAUUUAUUUCUUAAUAUAUUGGAAGGUUUUGUUUCCUUAGAUUAGUAAAUUAUACAGAGUUUUAUUUCAAGUUUUCUUUCUGUGCAUUGUCCUCAAGGAUAUAUUCCCCAGGGACUUUGUUCCUCUGGGAAUCAGUUAAUGAAGAUAUUUCCACAAUGAAGCGAGGUAGGUGUUGUAUUAAAGUGAAAUGGAGAUGAUGCAUUUAUUCUGGAUUAUGUUUGAAGUGUUAGAUGGCUAAGUAUCAAAAGCAUUCAAAUUAAAUCCUUAGCAAUCAGAACACUUGCUUCACUAGAUUUUGCCAACUGCAAAUCAUGUUGGACUGAGCUAAUCUGUUCUUUCUGAAACUACUAUGGUAAAUAAUUAACAAUAAAACUUCCUCUUAUAAAGGCA